CACCAAGUCCAUCGAUCGAUAUCUCACCACACAAACAGCAACGACGAACUAAGCCAUAGCUCCGGUAGCUCUUCGAUCUCUCUCAAGGUCUCACCAACCAGCCGAUCGAAGCAGAAGCAGAGCUACAGUAUAGGCGUACGUACUCCGGCGACUGGUUCAGGUGAUCUCGCGGCGUACGUCUAGUAGCCAUGGGUAAUCUGGGGUGGAUGGUGGCGGCGGCGGUGGCGGCGGUGGUGGCGUCGUGGGCGUUCGACGCGGUGGUGAAGCUGGUGUGGAGGCCCCGCGCCAUCACCAGGCGGCUGCGGGCGCAGGGCGUCGGCGGGCCGGGAUACCGGUUCUUCUCCGGCAACCUCGGCGAGAUCAGGCGUCUCCGCGACGAGGGCGCCGGCGUCGUGCUCGACGUCUCCUCCCAUGACUUCGUCCCCAUCGUGCAGCCGCACUUCCGCAAAUGGAUCCCCCUCUAUGGGAAGACAUUCAUGUAUUGGUUCGGAGCGCGGCCUACCAUUUGCUUGGCAGACGUGAGCAUGGUGAGGCAGGUGUUAUCGGACCGGACGGGGAUGUACCCUAAGAACGUGUCGAACCCAUACUUCGCACGACUACUCGGCAAGGGGCUUGUGCUCACCGACGGCGAUGAGUGGAAGCGCCACCGCAAAGUAGUCCACCCGGCAUUUAACAUGGACAAGCUCAAGAUGAUGACUGUGACUAUGUCCGAUUGUGCCCAAUCUAUGAUUUCCGAGUGGGAAUCCGAGUUGGGGACAAAGGGCGAUAUAGUGGAGAUCGAGCUGAGCCGACGAUUCGAGGAGCUUACCGCUGAUGUGAUCUCGCACACAGCAUUCGGGAGCAGCUAUAAGGAGGGGAAGCAAGUGUUCUUGGCACAAAGAGAGCUUCAAUUUCUUGCCUUCUCCACCUUCCUUAGCAUCCAAAUCCCGGGGUCCAGCUACCUCCCGACCAAGAAGAACCUAAAGACAUGGUCAGUGGACAAGAAGGUGAGAAGCAUGCUCACGGACAUCAUCAAGAGCCGGCUCAACAACAAAGAUGUCGCAGGAUACGGGAACGACCUGCUCGGAUUAAUGCUGGAGGCAUGUGCACCGGAGCACGGGGAGAGCCAGCCACAACUUAGUAUGGACGAGAUCAUCGCCGAGUGCAAGACAUUCUUCUUUGCAGGGCACGACACCACCUCACACCUUCUCACAUGGACCAUGUUCCUAUUGAGCACACAUCCGGAGUGGCAGGAGAAGCUCAGGGAGGAGGUGGCAACGGAGUGUGACGGCAAGGUGCCCACCGGUGACAUGCUCAACAAGCUGAAGCUAGUCAACAUGUUCCUCCUCGAGACCCUGAGGUUGUAUGGCCCUGUUGCAUUCAUACAGAGGAGGGUCAACGCCGAGCUAGAACUCGGCGGCAUCACGGUCCCUGAGGGCACUGUCCUAUCGAUUCCGAUUGCAACAAUCCACCGCGAUAAGGAGGUGUGGGGCGAGGACGCCGACAUAUUCAAGCCGGAGAGGUUCAAGAAUGGGGUGUCAAAGGCGGGAAAAUAUCCCAACGCGUUGCUCUCCUUCUCCAGUGGGCCGAGGGCAUGCAUUGGGCAGAACUUCGCCAUGAUCGAGGCCAAGGCCGUAAUUGCAAUGAUCCUACAGAGGUUCUCCUUUACUCUAUCACCCAAGUACGUCCACGUGCCAACCGACGUGAUCACGCUUCGGCCAAAGUAUGGGCUGCCUAUGAUCCUCAAGAGUCUCAAGGUGUAGAAGUUGUUCAUUAGGAGGGGGUUAUUUUAGUACUUCUUUGUUGUACACGAGAUUAGUUUUUGUUCAUGAGCAUUUGCUCCUACUGAUGAUGUUACUGUGUGUAAUGCAUUGAUUCCAUUUUGUACGAAAUUGGGGUGUAAAUAUAUCUAGUUUGCUUGUUGAUUGGAUUUAAGAAGUUUUGGGUACUUCUAUCUCA